CAAACAAUUGCAAACGAUUAUCUUCCACAGGGCCAUUUCAUUUCAUCAGAUCCAGCGCAAGGUGAGAGUGAGUGAAAGAGAGGGCUUUGGUUCCACGCUGCUAAUUAAGCCAAAAUGGUGAACUUCAUGCUCAAGAUCGCUGCCGACCUCGAAAACCUUACUAACCUCCAGCCUCAGGGCGGCUGUGACGAUCCCUCCUUUCCAUAUCUCUUCAAGCUGAAAUGUGGUAGGUGUGGAGAGUUGAGUCAGAAGGAAACAUGUGUGAGUUUGGGUGACACUGUUUCUCUUCUACAAGGCAAGGGAACAACCAAUCUUGUUCAGAAGUGCAAGUUUUGUAUGAGGGAAGGAACUGUGACAAUGAUCCCAGGCAAAGGUCGGCCACUGACUCAGGAAGACUGUGAAGAAGGAAAAUUUGCACCUUUGAUGCUUUUUGACUGCAGGGGUUAUGAACCAGUAGGUUUUGUAUUUGGUGGUGACUGGAAGGCUGAAUCUCUGGAAGGAACUAAAUUUGAAGGUAUUGACUUGUCCGGAGACGAGUUUGCUGAAUACGAUGAGAAGGGAGAGUGCCCCGUGAUGAUCUCCAACCUCCGUUCUACUUUUGAACCGGUGAAGUAGAGUAAUUAAACUCUCUUGCCUUCCACAUGUUUUAGUAAAUAAAACUUACAGUUCAUUGUGACCGAGGUAGAAACAAUUGACUGCAUUACAUGUAGGCAUUAAGCUAUAUCCUAAGGUGGUUUGAUGUGAAACGUUCAGUUUGGUGCAUGCCAAUAGAUGCAUUGGCAAUGUUUUCAUUUUGGUGGAUGCCAAUAGAUGCAUUGGCAAUGAUUCAUAUGGUUUUCUUGGUUUUUAGAAAUAUUACACUCGAUGCAGUAGCUACCGAUCGUUUUCUC